AUGGACGGUGCGCAUGCACGCGCCAGGUCAGCAGAAGCCGCAGAGGAUUUUACGUCGGCUCCAAUGUUGUCGCGUAGUCUUAACCUGACGGCUCUCCAGUUACCCGCACCUAUCCAGUCGCCCACUACGAAGACGCCGCAUCUUUCUCCUCUAUCCUUGCCGGACAAGGAAGAAGGAGUUGUGUCUCCUGGCAAUUUCUAUGGGUGUGACCACGUCGAUUGGCGUGAUGAGCGCGCCGAGCCUCCAGGAGACGGGGAACCUGCGCUGGACCAAGACGUCUGCACGAGUUGCCGCAGCUUUACCCGAGUUUCCCAGUCAAAGCAAGCACUUGCAAAGGGGUGUGGUCUGCAGGCCAGGCCGAAUCGGACGCUGUCGUUCACGACAGAGCCAUUUGUCGCCGUCACUCUCGAUCUGUCUCCACUCGUAACUAGCCAGUCAUCGCCUCCUUCUCCGAUGCCGUCGCCAAUGGCGGACGGCCUGCGGCCCCUCGGAAGCCCUGGAACGGAACGCCGUUUUUCAGCGGCACCGGAGCGUGCGUCGCAUUCUGACUUGUCGCCUUACGAGUCGUCGCUUUGUGACUCGUCACCUGGUGCGUCCUCUUCCUCGUCUUCCCCCGUCUCUCCGGAUCCAGCGUCAUUGCGCUCUGCGCCAAACCUCCCGUCGUGGUCUUCAUCUGCGUCUUCUUCCAGCGCGUUGGACCGGGUGCGGAAAAACAGUGGAAACGGAGCUGGAGAAACGUGGGGUGCGUGCGUGCCACGCGCAACCGAGACAGACACAAAAGGUUCUCUCUCGGCAUUCCUUCACGAACCCCUGCCGCCGUUCUUCCUCCAGAGCGGCCCUACACCCGAGAGGGUCGAGGCGUUGUACCAGUUUAUCGAGAUCGCACACGAUAUUCGACGGACAGUGCUCUCGGAGAUGAGGGCGUCCUCUCGACCGCGUUCAGGUUCCACUGGGGACUUGACGGCUGCGCAAACGCGGUCGGGGGAGAUCGACGCUCAAGCGCCCGAAGAACUGUUUUCCCUGGAGGUCGCGGAACUCGCGGGAACCUACCGACUCUUCCGUUUCCUUCAGGGCUACGAUUUUGAUGUCAACGAAGCCGCUAUUGCCUACAGACGGCACGUCAUGUGGCGAAUAUCGCAAAAGAUCGACACCGCCAUGCGUGACUAUAUUCUCCGGGAGAUGGUGCUGCCGUUGUCCCCGGAAACUGCAGUGGGACACGCCGCAGUUUCGCGGAAUUUUCCAAACAAUCAACUUCUUCGCACGUCGGCGCCAAAUCAGGCUGGCGCUGAAGAGGGGUGUUUCAAGACAGUUGAUGGGAACGAAGAGCGCAGCGAGACAGUCUCCACGGAACUUGUCCCGUGCUCACCUGAAUCUCGCGCCUGCAGCAGUACAACCUCGAAAGACCAGGCAACGAACGAGGGAGCGGGAUUCUCGUUUGUACCUGAGACAAAUACCGGAGACGAAUCGAAGGGAGUGGCAAACAGAGGAGACGAAGAGGAGGUUCUCUUUUGCCGUCUCGCUUUGGCUUCGUCGACUACGUCUUCCUCUACCUCUGCUUCGUCCUCCAUCUCCACUUCGUCCUUGACGUCGUCUUCUUCGUCGCCUGACUCGUCCGUUGCUUGCAUGCCUUCUGGGUGUUCAAAGGAAUUUGCAUCGCCGCCUGAAUCUUUUCUCUCUUCUGUGGCUUCAACCCACAAACCGGAAAUUCUCCUGGACAGAGAGGGGAACAUCAUCACAGUGGCGAGGCCAGGUCUUCUCGAUGAGCGACGCCUUUUCGAGGAGUUGUCUGAGGAUCUCUUCUUAAAGUGGCAUUGCUACCAGCUGGAAUUUCGCAACAUUCUUCUUGACAGGCACGUCGGGGGCCCAGCAAAGAAGCUGCUUGUCUCGCGACUCAGAAACCUCCCGCGGCUACUCUGUGCCACAAUCCUCCGGCAGCUCAUCUACGUGACGAGCGAGAACUAUCCCGAGUCCUUAAGUCACAUCUUCUUCAUCAACACACCGCGCCUCUUCAGUGCCGUCUGGGGGACACUCCAAGGCUGGCUAAAGGAGCGGACUGUCUCCAAAAUCCACCUCCUUGAGAGCGACUACGCGACGGAAUUACACAAAUACAUCGAUCCCGCGUCUCUUCCCCCUUCUCUCGGGGGAAUAUGCACUUCGCCUCUAGCAGGCAUCCGUACAUACUCAAAAGUUGAACUUCUGUCGGCUCGUCUUGGAGGGGGUCACUCAAUACUUCAGAUUGGAGCGCGGCGCCGCGAACAAGUUCAGAUUGAGGUCCCCCAAGGGCACUGCCUUUCGUGGGCCUGGGUACUUUUUGACCACGACGUGUGCUUCCAAGUCAAGUGGCGCCCUGAGGCGGGGGGUGAGGAACGUUCUAUACUGGAUAUGAAGAAACACCAAGGAAAUCAAGUGGUUCGAGGGUCCAUGAAGGCCGACGAAGACGGCACGGUCUCUCUUGUUUUCGAUAACUCCUGGGGUUUGUUCUCUUCCCGGACAGUUUUCUACAAAGCUCAGGUGUCGACCCUCAACUUGGCUGUCGUCGAAGAAGUCGAUGUGACUGAAGACCAGUUCAGCUCGUCGUGA